GGAGUGCUGACACUGAGAAGUCACGGGGCGAGCUGGAAGUAACUCUCAGCUGGGGAAGCCACCUCGCUUGCUGCAGAACUCCCCCUCCUCCGCUGAGGCACCCCCACCCCCUGGUCCCAGUAUCUAUUACUGCGUCCUUGCACGGUGCUGCCGCCAUGGCUUGGCCCUGCAUCAGCCGAGUGUGCUGCCUGGCGCGCUUCUGGAACCAGCUGGACAAGUCGGAUCUGGCCGUGCCGCUCACUAUCCACAAUUACUCUGACAUCGAAGAGGGGGCGGAAGCGGCCGGUGGGGGCAUCCCUCAGCAGCCUCGGAUCCCGUCAGGGGGCAGCACCAGCAGCCGACCCCAGGCCCCUCCGCGGGCAGCUUCUGCCCUGCCGGUGUCCGCGUCCGCCCCCUCGCUGCGGGACAGCCUGGUUGUUGUCAAGAGGCCGUCGAAAAAAAGCGGGGGCAGCCACCGGAAGGAGCCCUUCGCCGCAGAGACUCAGUACCAGCAGGAUUUCCGAGCGUGGCCGGUGCAGAAGAGGGACGCCCUGCCCUGGAUCGGGGAGUGCCGGAGAGCUGAACCCACGCGGGCGCCUCCCGCUGCGGGUACCCCCGCCGCCUCUCCCCACGCUGACAUCCUGUCAGGGUCUCGCGUGUACGUGCUGCCGGUGACUAGGCAGGAGGUGAGCAAUAAGGACGUCGGCUCCAGAGAGGUGUGGCCUUCCUCCUCGCCUCCAGGCAUCGCCAGGACAACUUCUUACAGAAAUGAAUAUCGCCCAUGGUCUGCAGCAAAACGAUCCAGGCCUAUAAAGACAACACAAGGGUUCAUUAUUCCAGAGGAUCACUUUGUGCAAGAAUCUAGCUACAAGACAGAUUUUAAGAUUCCAGAAGCAAAGAUGAAGUAUUCUUCAAACCCUUCUGCUGUUUUCCAGGCGCCAUCUCGCAUCCUCAGUAUAUGAAUCUGGAUCAUGCCCAUUUUCUGUUCAACCAGCGUAAGGUUGUGAAAAUGAACAGCUAUGCAACUUUGUAAGUGCUGGUGAGAUAAAAGCAAAGGAUUAUUAAAAGCAGCUAUAGUAAUUAUCAGAAUUCAUGCAUCUAUUUUGAAUAUGUAAAUCAUAAACACUUGAAUUUGAAUUGAGGAUGGUCUAACUUGCUGGAGAGAAUGACCUAGAUCCAUAGAAAUAUCCUCAUUACCAGUAGCUGGACUGGGUUCCCAUUUGAAACACAGGCUUUAGUAAGCAAAAACCAGUAUUUUAAGCAGUGUGCUGAUUCUUAAGUAAAAAGUACACUGUAUAAAAUGCAUCAUUAAUUUUCCCUCUCCAUUAUUUCAUGGUCAUUUUACUAAGGAGCCCGUAAAACACAGUUUGGGUAGAUUUUGAACUUUGCUGCUUCUUUUCACUCACCUUUAAAUGUAUCUCAUACUGUUGCAGACAUUUUAAUGCCAUGUUAUUGAGAAUCAUUACAGUACAGAGAAUCAAGACCACAAAUGUGAGCCUUAUUUCGGGUGUUUGUAAAAGUCAUCAAAGCAUCAUGGGAAUGAAAGUGGGGUUGGGCUGAGUAGCUUUGAUCACUUAUAUUGUGUGCAUCAUUUAAACACCUCACCAAGUUAUUUAAAUACAAACACCUACAGGGAUCAACUCUUUCCAUUUUAUUUUAUAUUUUAUUUUAUUUUAUUUUAUAUUUUACUUUACUUCACUAUUUUAUUUUAUUUUAAUGUUUACAUUACCCAACUCCCAGCAACUCUGGGCAGUUCACAGAUUAAAAACACAAAGAACAAUAAAAUGAUACAUGAUAAAAACAAAGAACAAAAGAUAGAACAAACCUGACAGCAACAAAGCAAACCCACAUGACUCAGAAGGCAAUUUCAAUCAAAAAGCCUGUUCUUCAGGGCUCUCCAAUUUAGCAGGGCAGAGGAUAUCCAGUUCUCGGGGGUGGGGUGGGGACCUCAUUUCAGAGGGCAGGUGGUACGGCAAAAAAGGUGCACUUCUGGGGUCCCAAUAGAUGGCAUUGUUUUAUCAAAGGAGCCUGGAGCACACCAACCCUGCUGGAUCGAACUGGCGGAGCAGAUAGUAUGGGAGAUAGGCUCAAAUAGUGCACAUAGUGUUCAUUCUGAGUUAAUGUGGCUUCUAUCUUCUUUUGUUUGUUACCUAGCAUCAUAAAGUUGGAAUUUAUCUCAGAGUCAUCUAGUCCAACCCUGCUCAAUGGAGGUUCUACUAGACCAUCUUUGAUAGAUGAUAACCCAACCACUGUUUAAAAACUUCUAGCAAAAGUGAACCCACCACUUCAUGUGGUAGUCCAUUCCACUAUUUGACAGAUCAUACAGUCAGAUCUGCAUCUUCAGACAUUUAAGAUUGUGCUCCUGUCUCCCCUCAGUUAUCUCUUUUGUAAGCUAAACAUACCUAGAUCCUUUCACUGUUCCUCAUACGGCUUGAUUUCCAGACCCCUCACCAUCUUUUUAACCCUCUUCUGAUCUCUUUCCAAUUUAUCCCUGUCCUUUUGGAACUGUGGUGCCCAGAACUGGAUGUAAUGCUGCAGGUGGGUUCUGACCAGACAGAGUAGAGUGGAACAGCUUUUGCUUCCUGUGGUCAAAUGUUGGUUGGCUUUUUUAGGGUUUUGGAAGAAAAAAAAUCUUUUCAUCUUUCAGAGGCUUGAUACUAUUAGCCCAAUUAUAUACUUUCUUCAAAAUCUUUUAAUGCCAUGUAUUGCU